AUGAAGCCCUGGGCCACCCUCUUCAUAUUUAUUUCGGUCAUUUCCGGCGUGCUCGCCGCGAAAUCGUCAGACACAUUUGAAAAGUUCCAAACCAUUUCCCGUUCCGGGCCCGUCGAUUUGGACAGUGCCUCCUUCAAGGAGCUGUCCACAACGCCCCGAGAUUACUUUGCGGCCGUUAUUUUGACUGCAAAGGACGCUCGCUAUGGCUGCAUUAUGUGCCGAGACUUCGUCCCCGAAUGGGAUCUGAUCUCUCGGAGCUGGAAUAAAGGUAACAAGCUCGACGGCUUAAAAGUCAUCUUCGGGACUCUGGACUUCGACCACGGGAAAGAUGUCUUCCAGAAGCUUCUGCUUCAAACGGCCCCCGUCCUUCUUGUGUUCCCUCCUACCGUGGGUCCCUUCGCCAAGGUGGAUGCAGAGCCCGCGAGAUUUGAUUUCACAGGUCCAAUUGCCGCUGAUCAGAUCUACUCGUGGAUUGGCCGUCAGCUCCCGGAUGGCCCCAUGCCUCCAUUGAUUCGACCGGUCAACUAUAUGCGCAUUGUUUCUGCGAUCACCAUUCUGAUGGGUGCUGUCACCCUCUUCGCGGUGCUGUCACCCUAUAUUCUGCCAAUUGUUCAGAACCGGAACCUGUGGGCUGCAGUCAGCCUGAUCGCCAUUCUCCUCUUCACUAGUGGUCAGAUGUUCAACCACAUUCGCAAAGUACCGUAUGUUGCGGGUGAUGGUCACGGUGGUAUCAGCUACUUUGCUGGCGGGUUCCAGAACCAAUUUGGUAUGGAGACCCAAAUUAUUGCUGCGAUCUACGCCGUCCUAUCGUUUGCCACAAUCGCACUUGCAGUGAAGGUUCCGCGCAUGGAGGAUGCCAAGGCACAGCAACUGGCGGUGCUGAUUUGGGGGGGCCGUUCUUUUUGGGACGUACAGCUUCCUUCUCAGUGUUUUUAA